AUGGCUACAACGCCUCAACCUCCUGCCUUCAACCUCACCGACACCGACCGGGAGGUCUUGGCCAUGACAGACGAACAAUUCAUCCUCCACGACUGGGACAACCUCAAAGAUAUCAUCGCACGAAAUGAUCUCGGCGCUCUGAAGCGGAAACCAUCCGAUCUAGUCCGAUACCUCUCCUGGUCCAAAGACACCAAAGCCCAAUACGGCUCCAUCACAAAUUUCAUUUGCAAGCGUCGUCUGGGCUGGCAUUUACCAGAACCCGCUGGCCCCAGUGACACCAACGGCACCGCCGUGGCGGACAGCGAGCCGGUCUUCCCCUUCAAAUCCCCGAUCCCAUUUGCCGAUCCCUCGGACUACAAGAUCCUCCGCAACGACUGGCCCUACGGUCUUGCCCCGGGUAUUGCGCACUUGUGCGUGUGGCUGCGCACGCCUGUGCCUGUCCAGGAACACGGUGGAGACUUGACAGAUGAGUCGCGCGCGCUGAUCGAGGAGUUUGUACAGAGGACGUUUGUGGCGCGACUGGCGAGGGAGAAUGAGCGGUAUUCCAACCCUAAGGAUCAUGUGCUGUGGUUCAAGAAUUGGACGGCAUUGCAGAGUGUGAGAAGUCUGGAACAUAUCCAUGUUCUUGUCAGGGAUGUGCCUGAGAGCAUCCUCUUCGAGUGGACGCAGGAAUCGCCUCGCGCUGGGGUUCCCAAUUAG